AUGUCGACUACGGGCAGCAUACCUGAUCCCCCUCCUCCAUACUCUCCUCCUGGCGCCCCGGCGCCCCCAGAACCAUCAACAUCACCAGCCCCUCCAGCUCCAGAGGAUGAUAACGAAACUAUCGCAGAUGACCCGGAAUUCGAAACCUUCCCGGGCAUAGAGCUUCCGGACCAAAUUCCACUUCCACUCAAAGUUGGUGCUGGAAUCGUCCUCUUCCUUUCAGUUGCUUCCCGGAUCAUUCCCAAUUUCCGGACAAUAUUCUUCACGGCGAUAUGGACUUCGAUAAUUACAUUUAUACUUCUGGUACUCCUGACAGUAUUUACAAUUCAAAAGCGGCGAUCGAAUGAACCUGCUAGUCAGCCACUGAAGAAUAUCAAACCGCUAGCGUUCACUCGUCCCGCGAGAUUUCAAGCAGAGCUAGAAGCCAUUCGAAGAGAAGAAUCGUUCGUUCGAGCACCGUUAUACCCGCCAAGUCAGAAAGUUUCAGACGCUAUAGACGAAAUAAUAGAUCUUAUUCUAAACAGCUUCAUAAAUGAAUGGUACCAAAGGAUCACACCAGAUCCGGCUUUCAAGAAUCAGGUCGAAAAGACGAUAAGACACGCACUUUAUGCGCUAUGGACUCGAGCAGAGAAAUUGGACCUAGUCGAAAUAGCAGUGGGGAGGGUGGUGCCGCUUCUGACGACGCACCUGUCGGAGUUUGCCAGCGCGGAGAAGGUAGUUAGGGGGAAGCAUCUUAAUAAACAGUUGACGGAAUCGGAGGAGUUGGAUAUGGCAGUUGCAUCAAAGUAUAGAGAUGGGAGGCUUCAUACAGCUGUCCAAGUUGCCUAUACGGAUUCCAAAACUAUACAGCAGGAUUAUUUGAGAAAGAUCAUAACCAAGGUACUGCCGUUGAUCUUGCCGGAGAAGGAGAUGAAAAGCAGGGCUGUCAGCGUGCUUGUGCGAGAAAUUAUGUCGUGCAGUGUACUGCUGCCCGUUAUAAUGCUGAUGUCUGACCCCGAUUUUUGGAACCGGACAGUCGAAACUUUAGGAAGAGGUGCACUUCAAGAGCGAAAGACGGUUCGAAAACUAAGGGCGGCAUUAGAACAACAUACAUCUCCGAAAACCAAACUCCAUAAACGGCUCACGCCAAAGGCUGAUGAACGAACCUUUGAGCGAUUCAUUCGAUCUAUUAGGAACUGUAACAGUCUUCCAGAUGCAAAGCGGAUGAGGAACGAGAUCGCCAUCCAGCUUCGAAAAGACGCGGACUUCCAGGAUCAAGUCUAUAUCAAACGUCUUGAAACUGCAAAGAAGCUUUUAGAUCAAAAGGUUGCCCAUUUAUCAUCCGGUCCGAAAGCCCCUGCCCUUCCAGCUGCGAUGUCAAGGUCGAACUCGACGAGAAACGGAAGAAAUGGGGCGUUAGGUGCCGAACAGCAUACUUUACUCCAGAUCUUGAAGAGCCCAUCUGGUAUCACGUCUUUCAUGGAAUAUAUGGACAGGCAAGACCGAAUCAAGUUAGUUCAGUUCUGGAUGGUUGUCGACGGACUACGGAAUCCAUUGGAAGACGACCCGGCUUCGGAUGAGGAAUCGGUGCCGGCGGGCUUGUCUUGGACAAGUUCUGAUAGAAACGACAUUGGGCAAAUAUACCAGGCAUAUAUUUCGAUUCCGGAGCUUAAAAUCCCAGAUAAAUCACGACACAUGGUCAAGAAGUUCCUCAAGGCGGCGAAGAACGCAAGUAACCUCCAAUAUUACCAAGCGAGGGGUGCUAUUCUUAGGGCUCAGACUGCUGUCUAUGACGACAUGCAGGAACACGAUCUCCCAGGGUUUAAAGGUUCGGAUCUUUUUUAUAACUACUCUUCAUCACGAGAAAACCGAUCACAGAGUCUAGACCCUCCGAGCAUGGGACCGCAGCCUUCGAAUAGUUUACAGGUCCCCGAGUUCCCAGAAGGACGCAGAGGUUCAUUACAGUUCAAGCCCUCUAGCUCUUCUGACAAAGGAAAUUUGUUUGCGUCAAGGCAUUCCCACGACGAGAAACGGCCAAAGCUAUUCGACGAUGAUUGGGGCGCAAGCGAAUUAUCGCAAUCUCGAGGAAGCCUAAAGGAUGAACUUUUCUCGGAAGGCUCCGUUCAAGAGGACCCGAUUUCGCCAUCAAAUGGAGUCGUUGAGGCAAUGGAGGCGGCACUCAACCAUAUUAUGGAAGAACGGCCUAGUGUCGACGACAGUAGGAAGGGUUCCACUAACAAGCUGUUCGAUGACUUGACCGAUAACCCCACGCCGGAUAGCGGACGUUCCUCUGGCGAGAUAUCCCGUCCUGCUUCGACUCAGCCUGUGUACCCUAAACGAAUUUCUUCAAAGAAAGCUACUAGCCUUGCUACUCUUGGCCUCGUCAACGACUUCGCUUCAAAGUCGGUGUUUGCGGGAGAAGAGAUCUUUGCCGAGGAGAAUGCAAAAGCGUUGGAGGAUCAGGGAUUCUCUUCUGAUCCAGCCUCGGACUAUGAAGAUGCAGAAGUCCAUGAAGCAGCUCCCGGGGACCUUGGACUAGCUGAAGCUAUCUCUGAACUUACCCUGUCCAUAAACAAACUCUACACUCAAGACGCAGUUGUUUCAAGUAUGCUGAAAAAGGCUGAGUUGACGAACAAUACUGCAGAGCUGAGAAUCCUAAACAAGAGUAGAGCAAGCUUGCAGCGAGAGAUCCGACAAAAAGAGCUUCAGAGGCAACAAUACAUCAUUCAAGAAAGUGAUAAUAGUUUAUAUGGUCGAGCAAGCAUUAGCAUCAAGCAACCUAUUGUAGGGAAUGAGCAGGGAAAAGAAUAUGCUAUUUACAUCGUCGAAGUGUAUCGGAAGGCAGGCGACCAGUUCCCGGCUGCUGAAUGGGGGGUUGCGAGGCGGUAUAGUGAGUUCUUCCAGCUUCACCAGGAACUCCGAGCCAAGUACACAUCCGUCAAACACCUCGAAUUCCCGAGAAAACAUGUGGUUAUGAAACUUCAGAAAGACUUUUUAGAUAAGAGGAGAACGGCGUUGGAGGUUUAUCUGAGAGGCCUUCUUCUCAUACCAGAUGUUUGCAGAAGUAGAGAACUUAGGGCUUUCCUUUCACAACAAAGUCUCCCACCGAUUCCGGAUGCCAAUGCAGCUGAUGGGGCAGGGGAGGCUGACUUCAUCUCGAAACUCUAUAACUCGAUCGCCGAUGGAAUGGGUGAUGUUAUUGGAACUGUGCCGAUGUUCGAACAGUUAACCGCGGCAGCAUCGAGUAUCGCGGGAUUUCCGCAUAGUGGCCUACUCUCCGAUACCGACAGUUCCCUUAAGGCGAGGACGGCAGAAGGCGGCGAGGUUAGUGUGGCGGAAGCCGAAGCUGAGUUGAUCGCAUACGAGGACAAGGAGGAUAUCCCGUUCGUAAAACCUAUAUGCGAUCUUUUCUUGGAGGUAUUCGAAUUGAAUAAAGGAAGCAGCUGGCUGAAGGGGCGGGCCGUUGUCGUCGUCCUUCACCAACUACUUGGUGGGACUAUUGAAAGGAAGGUUCGAGAGCAAGUCAAGGGCCUGACCAACGAAGAUAGUAUCGAGCGGUACAUUCAUAUGCUGCGUGAUAAUCUUUGGGCUGACAAGAGUUUUAUAUUUAAUCGACCACUUCGGACCACGAAGGACAAGUCAAGGACUAGGACGGAGGCGAGUUUAAUGCUCGCUACGCUAAUACCCGAUAUUGCUGCGAGUGUUGUCGGUAGAUCAAGCGCGAGCAAUGCCAGCCGGAGGCUCUUCGCAGUCUUCAAUAACGAACGGCUGAAUUCUCACAUGGCGUUCAUGAUACUAGAUACAAUAGUUGACGCACUAUUUCCAGAGCUGAGGCAGUGA